AUGGUCAGUUGCCCAAAUCCGAGCUCCGUCCUCUAUCCCGCCUUUAUGUUACCUCUCGCUGACUCCCUCACCGAAGAGCAAGUUUCCGAGUUCAAGGAGGCCUUCUCCCUCUUUGACAAGGACGGCGAUGGACAAAUCACAACCAAGGAGCUCGGCACCGUCAUGCGCUCCCUGGGGCAGAACCCCUCCGAGUCGGAGCUCCAGGACAUGAUCAACGAAGUUGACGCCGACAACAACGGAACGAUCGACUUCCCUGAGUUCCUCACCAUGAUGGCCCGCAAGAUGAAGGACACCGACUCCGAGGAGGAGAUUCGUGAAGCCUUCAAGGUCUUUGACCGCGAUAACAACGGCUUCAUCUCCGCCGCCGAGCUUCGCCACGUCAUGACUUCAAUCGGCGAGAAGCUCACCGAUGAUGAGGUCGAUGAGAUGAUUCGCGAGGCUGACCAGGACGGUGACGGACGUAUUGACUACAACGAGUUCGUCCAACUCAUGAUGCAGAAGUAA